CACGGUCUGGAGAGCUUCUUCGGCGCCGUCGCCUGAGUCUUCGACGCCUUUGUCGCGCCGCCGCCCGUCUCACGAGGCCAUGAGCGGCAAGUCCUACGCGACGCCGGCCUCGGCCUACGCGCCCGUCGUCGUCGGUUCGGUGCCCGUGACGCAGGCCCCGAUCGUCGUCGGUUCGGCGCCCGUGGCGCAGGCCCCGAUCGUCGUCGGUUCGGCGCCCGUGGCGCAGGCCCCGAUCGUCGUCGGUUCGGCGCCCGUGGCGCAGGCGCCGAUCGUCGUCGGUUCGGCGCCCGUGGCGCAGGCGCCGAUCGUCGUCGGGUCCGUCGUGGCCGCGACGCCCGUCCAGCAGCCGACCGUGGUCACCGUGCCGCAAGGCUGCUUCGGGGGCUCGACGAUGCGCGUCCGGGACCCGGCGUCCGGCGCCGAGAUGCAGGUGACGAUCCCGCCGGGCCUCGCGCCCGGCGCGCAGUUCCAGGUCCAGUUCCCGCCCGCCUACGCCGCGCCGCCGCCGGCGUACGGGAGCCCGCCGGUGCAAGUCCACGGCGUCGUCGUCCACCAGAGCGUCGGCGCCGUCUCGCCGGCGACGAAGCGCUGCCGCGGCUGCGGCGUCCAGUUCGAGCUCGACGCGCGGACGAACCCGGCGAGCGCCGCGGCGUUCCGCUGCAAGAAGCUCGCGGCACCACAGCGCCCGGGUUCGGUUACGAGCAUGGACCGCGUCAAGAAGAUGAGCUUCGGCGUCAUGGUCGUCGCCAUGGUCGGCCAGCUCGCCUACGUGCGCUUCGGCGACGACCUCGAGGCCCGGUUCCCGGCGAUCAAGUCCGCGCGGUCCGCCCUCGCGGGCGCCGGGGCCGGCGGCGGAGAGGCCGACCCCUACGCGCUCGGCCCCGACGGGGCGGCCCUGGACCCGCGGGCCUACCGCAAGGCGCUGAUGAAGGACCGCAAGGCCCUGGCGUCCCUCGGCCGCGAGAAGCCCGCGUGGCGCUCCGUCGUCGAGCGCGGCUCGACGAACGAGUUCCAAGAGAUGCUCCGAAAGCAGCACCGCGCGCGCGCGCGCGAGGACGCGGCGCGGGCCAAGGCGCUCCUCCGCGAGCCCGACGGGUCCGCGACGCACCCGCGCCUCUACCGCAAGCUCUGGCUCAAGGACGAGGACCGCAUGGCGGCGAUGCGGCGCGACGCGCCGCACAUGGCGGCGACGGUGCUCGGCGACGACGUCGAGUCCUUCCAGGAGAUGCUGCGGGAGAUGAAGCGCGUCGAGGACGGCCAGGAGAUCUACGGCGCCGCCGGGGGCAGGGCCACCAUCCGCGCGCGCGACGCGGCCGGCGCGGAGCGGCUCGUCGACGUCGUCCAGCCCCGGCUCAGCGAGGAGGAGGUCCAGUGCGCGAACGCGACGCUCUGGACCGACGCGUACGGCCUCGAGCCGGGCCUCGACGGCACGAACGUGCUCGUCGGGCCGGGCAUCGUCCAGGCCAACGAGAUCGCCGCCGCGGACGUCGAGAUCCGCGCGCAGCACUCGCACGCGACGGGCAGCCGCCUCGUCGGCGCGCGCCCGCGCGGCAUACGAACCUCCGACCCGGCUUCGACGCGAGCGCGCGCGACGGUUUCGACGCCGGUCGUCGCGCGCGCGUGCCAGCACCACGCCUUCGAGCACGACGAGCUCGACCUCCUCGACCACCUCAACGCGGGGACCGAGCUCCGGUCCGUCGUCUGCGACGGCGUCGGCCAGCCCUGCGGGCCCGAGGCCCCGAAGAAGAAGAAGAAGAAGAAGGCGGCGAAGGCACGUUCAGUGCAAGGCGCGGCAAUGGUCGGGCUGCUGCGUCCCGCGCUCGUCGCGGCGUGGGCCGCCGCGUCGUCGGAGUGGCGCUGCGCUCUCGAGCCGGCGACGCCGGGAGCCGCGUCGGCCUGCGGGUCCCUGGACCUCGCCGGCAUGGAGGCCUCGGGGUCGACGCUCGCCUACCAGCUGCUGGCCGGCGUCGUCGCCCUCGCCAACGAGAGCGCGCCCCGCGGCGUCACCGUCGCCAAGCACCACAAGUCGGCUCCCGGCGACCGCGACCCGGCGUGCGCCGCGCUCACGUACCGGGACCCGCGCGACGUCGUCUGCUCCCACGCGCGGCGCCGCGGCGUGCCCGGCCGGAGCGCGUCGUGCGCGCGGUGCUCGGCGGCGGAGCUCGAGCCCCGCGCCCGCGGCGUCGCGGCGCGCAUGUUCCCCUACCAGGCGAAGCGCCUCGACGCGUUCCGCGACGCCGGCGCGCUCCUGCUCCGCUACGAGGACUUCGCGGACUGCCCCGCGGCGCUCGCGGCGCUCUUCGCGUCCUGGCUCGGCGUCGAGGCGGACCUGCCCCUGGGCUUCGCGGAGACGCUCGCGGCGCGGAGCUCCCUCGAGGCGAACGGCGCCCUCGCGGCCAGGCUCCGCGUCUUCGGCAAGGUCGACGCCGCGUCGCAGAUCCACGGCCACCACAUCUCCGCCGACGGCGCGACGGGCUCCUGGCGCACGUGCCUCACGGACGCCGCGCUCCGGCACGUCGAGGACCGCGCGGACCGCCGCUGGCUCGCGCGCCACCGCUACGCGCCCGCGACGCAGCCGCGACGGUAGCGCCGGUUCGAAGGAACACCGGGAGAUGGGCGAGGCGAGGCGGUACAUGGAACUACCCCUG